CCCUUCCUCCCAAAACCCCAAUUCCCAAAAGGGAAACCGAAAAGGUGGUGCACGGGAAGCUAGCCGGCGGGCGGCGAUCGCCGGACAUGAAGCGUAGAAACCCCAAAUCUUGGGGCCGCUUCGGCGGAGGAGGAGGGCAGGGGUGCGAGGCAAAGAUGGCGAAGCCUGACGGCGGCUGGCGCGGGAGAGCGCCCGUGGUGAGGUGGUCGCACGCGGAGGCGAUGAAGAAGAAGCCCACUGGUGGCGGCGAUGCGGCCGUAGCUGGUGAUGGAGGACGGCCGUCGAGGGAGCUUCUGGGUCCGGAAAAGGUGGGGCUUGGUGGCCCAAGCUGCGGCAGCAGGGGGUUUGGGAUGAGCUGGUGGGAGGCGGCGGCGAGUACGAAUCGUACGAUCACCGGCGGGGGAGAGGAUGAGAGCGCGUGGGUUUGGACGGAGCCGGUGGAGAAGAAAUCGAGGCCUUGCGGCGCCGGUGGAAGAGAGCCUGGAAGCGACGAGGACGUGGUGUACGAGUGGAGGUGGACGGAGGCGGUGAGCCCGGAGAUACUGGCACUGGUGCUUCGCGGGAGGGUGUCGGCGGACGAGGUGGCGCGGGGCGCGGCGCGGGUGUGCAGGGCCUGGAGGGAGGCCGCGGCGUCGCCGGACGUGUGGGGGGACGUGAACAUCGAGGCGUGGUGCCGCCGCGUCAACUGCCGCGCCAGGGCCGAUGCCGCCGUGCGCCGCCUCGUCGCCCGCGCGCAGGGCACGCUACGGCGGCUCUCUGCCUACCGCGUCGGGGACGCCGCUCUCGCCUACGUCGCUGCCUCUGGGAAGGUGCUCAAUGUCCUCCAGAUUCCAAUGAGCGAGAUCACUGAUCACGCCGUGGAGAAGCAUGCAGAAUGUCUUCCUGCGCUGAGAGUGCUAGACAUCAGUAACUGCCUGAAGAUCACAUCCAAAGGCAUCGAAGCGCUAGGCCGUCAGUGCAAGUUGCUCCUUCAGCUGAAGAGGAACAUGCCUCCUCCAGAGCCUCCUCAGGGUUUCAAUACAGCGGCUAAGGUGGUAGAGGAAGAGGCCCUGGCAGUUGCGAAUACCAUGCCGAUGCUGGAACAGCUUGAGCUUGCCUAUGGUUUGUUCAGUGACCUUGCGCUUGACGCCAUCCUUACCAAGUGCCGUCUGCUGCGCACCCUCGACAUCCUUGGUUGCUGGAACGUCAGGCUUGAAGGUGACAUCGAGGAGAAGUGCUGUGCGCUCGAGUCAUUCAGGGAGCCAUGGGAGCCUGAGUACAGUACUGACUACUCAAACAGUGGAGGUGAUUGUGGCGACAACGAUAGUGACAGUGACGAUUGACAGGGUUUUGUUCAGACCUUCAUGGGGAUGCAGCAGUGAAAAUUUUAGGUUUCGUCCGAUGAUUCUGAGGUAGUUUCCGUAUUGUAGUCUGAUGCCAGCCCACAUCUAUCUUUCACGACCUUUGCUAAUCCAUAACCUUACAUUAUUCUACCCUUUUUGAUUUUUGGGUUACAGUUGUUUUCUUAUGCCACUGCGAUGCAGAGAAGCAAUUAAAGCUUUAAUUCUCAGUAGAAAAGUAGCCAUAGUGGCUUUAAUUGGGAAGAGAUAGCAGUGGUUGCAGACAUGAGACAAUUUGGCAGUGUGCUUGUAAUGGCUUUUUUUAUACGAAACAGCUAUUCGAAUGCUUAUUUUUC